GAAAAUUUACCACCAGAAAAUAUCAGAAAUAUCAAAAAUGAAAAAGGGGCAAAAACAUUAGAACUUAUUUUGCCUGUAGUUUCAGUACCUUAUUCUCCAGUAUUAAUAACAGUAUUAGGAUUAGAGGAGAAUGUGGAUUUAAAAAAUAUAUCAAUAUAUAUAGGAAAAAUGGAGUGUGACAAUAUAGUCUAUUUCAACCAAAGCACUGUUAGAGAAUUACAGAAUAAGCAGAGAAGAAUUGAAAGUUUCAAUACUAAUGAUCAGCUUUACGACGAUCCGCAUAAUAUGGUUAUCGAUUAUUCCCAACCAGAUUAUUAUUUGAUAGAUGAUGAAUAUGACGAAACAUUAGAUUAUCUGGAGCGGUUAGCAAAUAUAUCAAGUACCUACAAAGCGAAAACCCUUCAGUGCGAUUUGCAUCUUGUUAAUAUCAGUGUCAACUAUUUACAAGCACAAAACGUAUACAUUGUGGUCAACCAAACCCUUACUGUAGAAAAUAACUUUUUCACAUUUAGAGAUAUUACACCUUGUCCAGGUACGAUAAGAGAAUGCAAUGAAAAUGGUCAAUGUUUUUCUGGUGUGUGUCUAUGCAAUACGAUGCUUGAUAGCGGCCCACAAUGUAAUCUGCAAACAUCUCCCUCCUAUCCACCAGUACUGGAUCCGGUGAAACCACAAAUCGUUUAUAGUAAUGGUCAAGCAAAGUGGACAAUAUCGUUCGAAACAUUGGGUAUGACAAAGAAGAAGGUUGAAGACAGCAGAACUAUGGUAUACAAUGAUUUUAUAGAUUUACUUACCCCCAAUUGGACAUUAAAGUUGGCAGAUCAGCAAUCAGGCGUGUAUGGAAGCGAGUUUGGUACCUACAAUUUAACAUUGGCCAAUGGAAUCACAUUUACAAUCAAUGUUCUCUACUACAACAAUUUAACACUAGACUACUUUUUCGAUUCAGAGAAUAUCAAAUUAUACUACCAUGCUGGUGAUUUACGUGUUUUCUUUACUCUCUCAAAUAUACCAAUCGAGUUACGUGAUCAUUAUUCAUUUCAGUUGGUUUUCUAUGUUUACACUGAUAUGAAGGAUAUAGAGUGUGGGUAUGUAGAUAGUGACUUUGACGUUGACUUUGGCAAAGGUUUCGACUAUGAUGAUGUGCGUUGGGCAUAUAUAAGGAACAAAGACUAUGCACUGUAUUCACGUUUAUUUGGCAAAUGUAUCAUGGAUGGUAGACCGCAGUCAUGUUUAGUAGAUAUUAACGAACUCUCUAGAAAUAACUUUGAGGGUAAUCUCAAACUAUUGACUUAUUUCGAACCAUUCUCAACCAAUGUAUCUAUCCAUUACGAUUUUAGUAUACUAUUCAAUACCAAGAAUCCAAAUUUUACUCAAGUAUCAUGUGAUAAAUUUGAACCAAUGGUUCACCCACUAAAAUGGCUCAUUCCAACAAUUCUACCAAUAAUAUUUGUUGGAUUGGUUUGUUUUAUUUUAAUUUUUAUUUAUUUAUUCAAAGCAAAUAGAAAAAAUUUAGAGUUUAAUACAAAAUAUUAUUUUGGUAAUAAUUUCAAUAGCAAUGGCAGUAGCAAUAGCAAUAGCAAUAAUGGCAAUAGUGGCAGUAAUAAUAACAAUUCCAACAAUGAUAACGACAAUACGGAAAAUAAUAAUAAUAGUAACAAUAACAACAAUGAUUGUGAUAGUUACAAUAACAGUUAUUCGGACACUGAUAGUUUUUCAGAGAGUAUAUUGAAC